AUGUCUGUUUCCAAUUCAAAUUCGUCAUCAAUUGAUUCUUCAAAUCCUCUCUAUCUUCAUCCGUCAGAUCAUCCUGGAAUGAUUUUAGUUUCUAAACAAUUUGAUGGAUCUGGAUUUGGAUCGUGGAAAAGAGCAAUGUCAAUUGCUUUAUCAGUGAAGAACAAAUUCGGAUUUGUUGAUGGAACUAUCACAAAUUCUAUAAACCCUAGUCUCUGGAGCAGAUGCAAUGAAAUGGUGAUUUCAUGGAUAAUCAAUACUCUCUCAAGAGACAUUAGUGAAAGUGUUUUGUAUGUUCAAAGUGCUGCACAACUUUGGAAAGAGUUGAAUGAUAGAUAUGGACAGGCUAAUGGAGCAAAAUAUUAUCAGUUGCAGAAGAGUUUAUGUGAGAUUUCACAAGGUAACAGUAGUAUAGCUGCUUACUUCACUAAAAUCAAGAGUAUAUGGGAUGAAUUCGGUUCUUUAUCUGCUGUUCCUGCAUGUAGUUGUGGUUAUUAUGCACAAUUUUCUAAGAAAGAAGAUGAACAACGACUUAUACAGUUUCUUAUGGGUCUAAACUCCGCAUAUGAAAAUGUUAGAGGAAGUAUUUUGUGA